GCUUUUGCUUUCGCUCUUAUAAGAUUUGCGAGUUUUGCGAAGUUUACAUAGUUUCUCUGUGGAACGCAAAUUCAAGGUUUUCCUCAUAUUUCAUAUAUUUUUUCUAACCGCAUGUCGAGCAUGUUCCUCUGUAUGAAAGCGACACAAACAUACUCAACUAAACUGAAACUGCACUUUGCUCUUGUGACACACGCGCUACGACUUUUUACACAUUUUUAUGUACACUGCACGCCUGUGUAGACUGAGCAAUGGCCUAUUGUUGACCUCCCCCCGCACUUAUGAGGGGAGUCAUUUACGAAAUAACAAUCACAUGAUGAUUACAGAAUAAGGAAGCCGUUCAGGAACUCUUACUUUUACUUCUCACUGCGUUUGCAAAAUGGAGAGACCGACUGCGAGUGACUAUGGAGCUAACUACGGCACCGUUAACCCGGCUUAUGGAUUCCCAGCACCAGCCAUGGCGGUCGCACCCGCAACAAGCAUGCACGGACCUUCUGCACCCCCUGCAAACAUGUUUGAUACCGUCCCUGGAUAUGAGGGAACAGUAGCUGGCGGAGACGGUGGGUAUCUUCCACCUCCAAUGCCAUCUGUACCGAUGCCUGUGCCUGAACAGGCCCCGAGCCCACCAGACUGGCAUAUACCCUCCAUCUCAGAGGACAGGGCACGUCAAGCUUUCGCAACGUACGUCUCCAGCAAGUGCUGCUAUAGUUCUGCCCCCGUCAGAGAGGGAGUCAUAACCAAUAUGGAGUCCUUUAAUACCUACAGGUAUCGUUUGGAGACGUUCAUGGAGUCCAGAUCUACUGAAUGGAGUCAGGAGCCUUACACAGGUCAGGCUGUGGAUGCUGGUGUUCAACCUGCUCCAGGUCCGUGGCAGAUUGCAGCUCAACCUCCGGCCUUCUUUCAAGAGCACAAGCAGACCAUUAAAGUGCCCUAUACUUCCUCAGUCAAGAACUGUCACUUGUGUCUGGGAAUGGGAAAAACCCCCUGUACCACCUGUGCUGGAGCUGGAAAUAAAGUCUGUAGGGUGUGUAAUGGUUCUGGUUACCGUCAGUCUGAUGACCGCUGCACGCACUGCAAUGGGCGCGGACGUGAAAACUGUAGUUCAUGUAGCGGCAGCGGCUCUUGCCAGUGUGACACCUGCCAUGGAAAGAGACAGCUGCUCAUCUUCAUCAACCUCAAUGUUAAAUGGAGCACUGAGAAGGAUGAAUUCGUAGCGCAAGAUUCAAGUGGUCUGAGAGGGCAAAAACUGGAGGAGGUUUCAGGGAAGGAGCUCUUCAAAGACGCCCAGUAUAUGGUCUAUCCAGUGAGGGGCUUUCCUGAUGUUUCUGUUGCACAAGCUUCUGAGCGCUUUGUAAGAGACCAUCAGGUGAAAUAUGCCCAAACAUCUCGCAUGUUACAACAGAGGCAGACAAUCGAGCUCAUUCCCAUAACAAAAGUGAACUACAUGUGGAAAGGAAAGCCUAAUGUUUACUAUGUGUAUGGAAAUGAGUUUAAAGUGAACGCUGAUGACUAUCCCGACCAAUGCUGCUGUUCUGUCAUGUAA